GGCAAGAUACUCCGGCUCAUUCUCUGAGCCAUUAAAGACUGCCGUCACUGCCGUCAGCAGAUCUCUCCCACUCUACUUCCAGCGAUGCAUUCCUGGCUGCCUCUUCUCAUCGCUGCCCUAACAACAGGGCAGUACAUCACCACGAUCGACCCCACCCCCGUCACCUACCCCGUGGACGUGAACUUCACCGGGGACUCCUCAGACCUAUCCGACCUCACCGCCCCCAAGCUCGAAGCCAUCAACCAAACCGUCUUCGAAUGGUGGUACUUUGACGCCAUCUCCUCCUCCAACCCUAACGUCUCCGUGGUAUUGACCUUUUUCACCACCACCGCGACCGCCUUCCCCCUCGUACCCCCCAACUCAUCCUCCGUACUACUAACCUACGUCUGGGCCACGCUUCCCGACGGCACCACCGUGGUCGACAAGGCCGUACCCAACGACGCCGCCGUCCUCGGCGAACAGAACCAAACCUCGGGCAUCUGGGAAAGUACGGGUGGUUGGAUCGGACGAACGACGGGGUAUGAUGCGUGGAUGGGAUGGGAGGGAUCGCGCGUGAGUGGACGGAUUCAGUUGGAUACCUCUUCUGCUCCGCUGUCCCCCUGCUCGACGCCCACGCAGUUCGAUCUGUCGUUGGCAUUAGGGCCGGAUUUGGGCUGGGUGAGUCUCGUUCCGGGGUCUCGUGCGGUCGUGGAUUUGUUGGUCGAUGGCCAUCCGCUGCAGUUUACGGGGGUUGGGUAUCAUGAUAAGAACUGGGGUAGUCGACCCUUUCAAUCCCUGGUGGCCUCGUGGUCUUGGGGCCAUGCGCACGUCGGACCGUACUCGCUUGUGUGGAUGCAGUAUACCCGGCCGGGGUCUAACUCGAGUGUCCCCAUUGCGAGUGCCUACGUGGCCAAGGACGGACAGGUGAUGCAGUCGGGGUGUGAGGCGGGGAUCGUGGCGAUUCAGCAGCGCCGUACAGCCACCAGUUACGGCGUGGAGGUCGUGAUGCCGGGGGUCCGGCUGCGGGUGCAGGGCACCGCGCAGGUCGCCGGCGAUGGCCAGCAUUACUUUCGCUGGAACGGGGGGGUCUCGGGGGAGAUCUUCGGGGAGAGAGUAGAGGGAGGUGUUGCCGUGUUUGAGGCAUUCGAGUUUGAGUAG